UAAUGUAAUCAUGAGCUCCCGUGAAAGUAUUUUACCAGAUUCUAGACAGGGCUCAGCCUUGGCCAUGGAUUCAAGCUCCGCCCAUGAAGGUGAGCUGACCCACCCCAUCUUGUCAAAUCACCGGAGCUCACCGGUGGUUCAGCUGUCGCCGGGGGAAGCAGUGAGCUCGGAGCUGGAGGAGAUACUAUCUGACACGAGUUUAAGUUUUUUCCGGCGACACCAGAAGGCUAUGGCUAUCGAACUGUACAGUUUAUUCCGGCUAGCAGGUCCGGCGAUCAUAGUUUACUUGCUGAACAACGUGACGUCGAUGUCCACCCAAAUCUUCUGCGGCCACCUUGGUAACCUUCAGCUGGCGGCGGCGUCCCUCGGCAACAAUGGCGUCCAACUUUUUGCCUAUGGUGUUAUGCUUGGAAUGGGAAGUGCAGUGGAGACACUCUGCGGACAAGCAUACGGAGCCCAACAAUUCGAAAUGCUCGGCAUUUACCUCCAAAGAUCCACCAUCCUUUUAAUGGCGACAGCCAUUCCCCUCAUGUUUCUCUACAUCUUCUCCAAAUCCCUCCUCCUCUUAAUCGGCCAAUCCAAAGAAAUCGCCGCCGCAGCCUCCCUCUUCAUCUACGGCCUCAUCCCCCAAAUCUUCGCCUACGCCGCCAAUUUCCCAAUCCAAAAAUUCCUCCAAGCCCAGAGCAUCGUCAACCCUAGCGCCUACAUCGCCGCAGCAAUGCUCGUCGUUCACGUUAUCUUCACCUAUGUCGCACUGUACAUAUGGGGUUGGGGGUUACUCGGCGCCUCCCUGAUUUUGAGUUUUUCAUGGUGGGCGAUUGUGGUGGCGCAAUUUGUGUAUAUCGUGAAGAGUGAUCGGACUAAGGAGACGUGGACUGGGUUCAGUGCGCAGGCGUUUUCGGGACUUUGGGCGUUUCUGAAGCUGUCGACGGCGUCGGCGGUGAUGUUGUGUCUGGAGACGUGGUAUUUUCAGAUUCUGAUUUUGAUCGCCGGUUUGCUUCCGAAUCCGGAAAUUGCAUUGGAUUCAUUGGCUGUUUGUGGAACGAUUCUUGGAUGGGUUUUGAUGAUUUCAAUCGGGUUUAAUGCUGCUGCAAGUGUGAGAGUUAGCAAUGAAUUAGGUGCAGGACAUCCAAAAUCAGCAGCAUUUGCUGUUGUAGUGGUAACAGUAAGCUCUUUUGUGGUGGCCUUGAUAUGCGCUAUCAUUCUCUUAGCUACACGACACGUUAUUAGUUAUGCUUUUACCGAAGGAGAAACUGUCGCGAAUGCCGUCUCCGAACUUACUCCUCUCCUUGCGGUUUCCAUCCUCCUCAAUGGCAUUCAACCCGUCCUUUCAGGGGUUGCGGUUGGAUGUGGAUGGCAAGCAUUUGUAGCAUAUGUGAAUGUUGGAUGCUAUUAUGUGGUUGGAGUUCCACUUGGUGUUUUGUUGGCAUUCAAGUUUAACUUUGGUGCUAAGGGAAUAUGGUCGGGCCUAGUGGGGGGCAUGACGAUGCAAACAACUAUUUUACUAUGGGUUACUUUUCGAACGGAUUGGAAUAAAGAGGUGGACCAAGCAAGAAAUAGAGUGAAUCAAUGGCAACAUACGAAAGAGGAACCUUUGCUAAAUAAUUAAGAGUUUUUUCGUUUUUAUUUUUACUCUUAUUAUUAUUUGUAACAUAGUAUUGAACUUUUUUUCAUACGGGUCACCUAAUAGGUGAUCAAGGUUAUACAUAUGCGGAAUAUAUAAGUUUUAAUAAACAUAAAACAUUACAUUUUUCCA